AUGCAAAAUCCAUUACCUUUCUAUUCCGAAUAUAAUUCAUAUCCAACAGCGGAUGGUUUUCUUUCGCACAUACCGGAUACAACGCUUGACAGUAAUGUUUUCGCUCUAUGUCCUUCGACUUCGCUGAAUCCGAAUCCUAUGCCCAUGGUGCCUCAACUAACACCAUCAAACACAACAACAUCAACCCCAUUGGCGUCGAAAAAACGAAAAGCAACCAUCGAUACAGAUGUAAGUUAUUCACCGGCAUCGAUCUACAGUGAUAACAGCAAUAUUUCGGAUGCAUCAUAUCCGACGUUUCAUCGUCGUUCGACAGAUUUCUCUCGAGGUUUACCACCAGGUCGAACUGGCACCAUGGCAAAUACGUCAAUGAUGACAACAUCAGCGGAAGAAGGUAGUUCAGAUGAUAAUGAUGAUGACGAAGAAGAAAACGAUCUUGCACGUAAACGUGAAAAACACACUCAAGUCGAAGCUCAACGGCGUGCCUUAGAAAAAGCACAUUUCCGUGAAUUAUCUACUUUAAUUUCUGAUAGAAAUGACUCGAAAUCUGCCAAAUUACACCAUCUUGAUCUGCUUAAAAUAGCUGCUAAACAAAUAACAGAAAUGAAUGCUCGACAUAAGCAUGAUCCAUUGCGUCCAUCAAAUUUAACUGACAGCGAAUUAAACUUUUUAACUAUUGAAGCAAGUAAUUCGUUCCUUUUCGUGACAACAGUUGAAUCAGCAUCCUUUUGUGUCAUACGCGUCACUGAUUCAAUCAAUCGUGUAUUAAAUGCCACUCCCGAGCAAUGGUUGGGUCAUAAUUUUCUUUCAUUUAUCCAUCCUGAAGAUGUUCUACGUAUUCAAAGUCAAUUAGUGUCGUUAAAUCAACGUGUUGGUAUUAAAAUUCAUUUCGAUUGUCGAAUCAAACAAGGAAAUAGUGAUUCGUACUCAUCUGUUAACGUUGAUGGAACGACUAAAAUUCUUGAUCAUUCAUUAACACCUUUGCAGACCAAUGCUCCGGGCAUUCUUGCUUUUAUUGGUAUCUGCCAUUUACCAUUAAUAACAAAAUAUAGUGAGACAAAUAUGAGUAUAUACAAAAAUCCUCAAUUGUUUACAUUCCGUUGUCGGUGUUCCCCACACGACUGGAAAAUCUUUCUUAUCGACCGUUCGGUUUCCACAUUGCCGUCGACGUCCUGUGACACAUUUCGUCACAAGUCAAUCUUGGACUUUAUUGCGAAACAAGACCAAGCACAUGUCCAUCAAACACUGUUACGUUCAACAACAACGGCAACUGACGAAACCAUAUCGUGCCAUUUUAUCUAUCCGAAUAAUCAGUCAUUAAUACCUAUGACAUUGGAAAUCAAAUCGUUCUUCAAUCCAGUUCUUCAUCGAGCAGAUUUCAUUGAAUUAACAUUCAAAUGUUUAAACGAUAAAGCGGACACAUCGCUUUACGAUCUGACCGAUGGCGCAAAGGAAAUCGAAAAACUAUUAUUAGAAUCUGACCCGACGACAUCAGCCUCAGCAUCGAUGCAACAAACGAACCAUCCUCAACUUCAACAUCACCAACUUCAGCAUCAUCCGACUACACAAAAUGCGCCCUUUUUCGAUGUCAACGACUGGAUUACGAAGGAUGAACUCUUUUAA